AGUACCAUUAUCCACUGAGACGUUUUGAUGCGUGAGGCGAAGUUCCGAGCAAGUGUUUUGAGAAUUACAAGCCUUAGCCAAGAAUGGACUUGCGUACACAUCCGAUGGUGAUAUAAGCUGGGAAGGCCAAAGUCCUGGACGCGGUCUUGUAAUCUAGCUCAUAUCUUACCAGAGGUAUACUUGUUGUAAUGAGCUUUUACGGAUACCCUUUCAUCUGAUCUUAUGCUUCGGGGCUACAGAUGGACUCUAGCGAGAUGCCGUGCCAAAGUGCGCUAGUACGAGGUAUGGACUAGCGCAGCCUCGACCCUACCUACAUUCGUUGUUUGCUUCUUCCAAACAGUGCCUCCACGAAGAGCAAACAUGGCAGCCGACACGUUCACGUUCGAUCCAGAAGGCGAUCUCUUCCUACGACUUCAUUAUUCCGACGAAGCCGGUGUUGUCAAAGUUGAAGGCUGUACAGCUUCAUCUCGAGACGCGUCCUCGGAAGAAGAUGUUGUAUUGAUACCUGUCAGCAACGACAUGGACGUAUCACCUCCAGAAGAUGCCAGCAAGACAGUACACAUGCUUGUUUCCUCGAAGCACCUUAUUCUAGCUUCUUCGGUUUUCAAGGCCAUGUUUCGACCAGGAUUUCGAGAGAGUCUACCCCGCGUGUCCGAAGGUCAAAUGGAGCUAGAUCUUCCAGACGACGACCCUGCAGCCUUCGAAAUCCUACUCAACAUCAUUCACGGCCAUGUCCGCAAGGUUCCAGACAAAAUCACUCUCGAGAUGCUCAUAAAGCUCUCUGUUCUUGUGGACAAAUACCAGGUCUUGGAAGUCACUGAGCUUCAUGUUCGAUCGUGGAUGCCGAAGCUUAGGUUGUCACUACCCACCGAGUUCUCGCCAAGCGUCAUAUGUUUGAUGAGUAUUUCUUGGGUAUUCAAAAUGAAGGAGAACUUCAAGGAGUUGACGAGCAUUGCGGAAAGGGGCAGCAGCUUUGAUUUAGGAGAAGACGACCAAACAUCACUUCUCAUUCCAAGAUUUAUUACAGAUCGCAUUGAAGCAACGCGCCAGAAUGGAAUAUCCAUUCUUAUUAGUGAUAUCAACAACAUGAUCACCGCAUACAACACUGGUUCGUUUUCAUGCACUACAGUAUUCUCGAAUAAUGAAGUUAUGGAUGGCAACUUGGCGUGCGAUGGCAUGGUACUAGGCAGUCUCAUGAAAAGUCUUGCGAGCUAUGGUCUUUGGCCUCUACCAACAGCUCCUUACGUCGGGAUAAGCAUGGAGAGCUUGGCAAACCAAAUCAGGAGUCUCAAGAUCCUAGCUCUAUGCGAUCAAGAUAGGUUCCAGGCUUGUACGUGGCGCACUGAUCACCGUCCUGGUCAUGGCUGGAAAACGUGGUUGAGCGACAAAGCCGACUCUGCCCUGUUUACUGCAGACGGUCAAGAUCUCUCAGACAUGACGGCGCAGAGCAAUCUCAACAGAUUCGGCCCUACGGAAAAAUUAGUUCCUGGCAGAAGCUCGACGACAGAGGAUACAUUGGAUCCGUAAGGCCAGCAUUCGAAAGAAAUUUUCUUGGCUUUUCUCUGCACAUGGGUUAUGAAGCAUCCUUUCAUACGUUAUGGUCUUCAUUUGCGACCUUCGGCUUGACUAGAUGGACGGUAGCAUUGCGAAACAACGUCCCUCAAUCCAAGAACCAUACACUUCAAUAUUUUCGUCUC